AUGACGACGCCAUUAGAAAAAUUAAGAAACGAAGUAUACAACAACGACCAAGUAGCGAAAAUCGAGGCAAAGACCUCUGUCAAACUCAUCUCGGAAGCAGGCAACAAAAUGGUAUAUGAGGGUAACUAUCCAGUAGAACCAUUCAGAGAGGGUGCUAGAGGCACCUAUGGUGGCGACUUUAUCGCACAAGGUCUCAAUGUAGCUUGGGAAUCAAUUGAUAGACCUGAUUUCCAACCCCAUUCACUACAUUCCUAUUUCGUCAAGGCUGGCUCAAAAGAUAGUGUUCUUAGAUGGGAGGUGAUUAAAGUUUCAGACUCGAGAAACUUUUCAAAUAGGAUUGUUUUUGCUUAUCAAGCACACACAGAUCAAUUGGCAUUCACAUUGCAGUGUUCUUUUACUAGAGAUAACCACCUUGACAAGAGAGAUAUUGAUCAUCAGAAGUUGGUAGAAUCUGGAGCAGAUAUCAGAAGUGUGCCGUUUCAGUUCAAGAGAAACCCAAACCCAAAGUUUUUCAAAUACAAGGAUAACAUUGAAGAUCUUGUUUAUUUUGAACAUACAAAUGGAAACAUUGCCCAUGCCAUCCCUGAGGAAAUAUUUCUGAAAACUCACAACUUCAACAUGAACAAAGUAGGGGAUGAAGAGCUUGGGUUCUACGUCAAGUUUUUGGACGAUUACAACUUGGGCAAGGAUUACAUUAGACAAUCAUUCUUGGGGUUAGCUUUUGCUUCAGACUCAUUAUGGUUGGCUACACUCGUGAAAGCACUUGGGUUGCCUAUCACCGGGAAAGACGUUCAAUUUUUUCGUGUGAGUUUAGACCACACGUUAUAUUUCCAUGAUUUAAAUUUCGACUCCAGUUCUUGGCUUUUUGUCGAUUAUAGAUUCUUGUCCAUGGGUAAUAACAGAAUCUUGGCUGUGGUAAAUUUCUAUACAUUGGAAGGUAAAGCCAUUGCUACUGCAGUUCAAGAGGCCUAUGGGUUUUUACCAGGCGAGUUGGUUGAGAGGUCAAGGAAACUCCAUGAGAAGUACAAUGGGGAGGGUAGCAUACAACAGGUCAAUGUUGCAAAGUUGUAA